CGCAUCCCGGCGGACGGUAGAGGCGGCAGCGAGCUAGAGCCCGCGGCGCUGCCCCGGCCACCGAGCGGCUGGGCGAGCCCGAGCGCGAGGGGACCCGGCCCGGGCGCGGCGGGCGGCUCUGCGCGCGGUGGGGUCAUGGGAUACUGAAAAGCCACUCCAUCAAGAGAAAUCUGGGGGAAGCUGGAAACCAUCAAGUUAUUGAGGCCACACGGGGCAGAAGACAUAGAGGUCCACAAGAUGGUGUUGUUUCAACUCAUGCAACAUGAUAUGACAACAGUGACGCUGCAGUGCAAAUGCAAAUAUCAACAACCGCAAAACCAAUAGACUGAGCAGAUGCUGUGACUGAACUAGCUGCGACAAUCAGCAAAUGAUUGAUGUGUGAAGCACAGCUUUCAGCAGCAGCUGCUUCUCUGAGAAUUGGUUUCAGUGAAUCCCCACUGCGGCUGCCAUUUUUCCCUGAGCCAGAGAACUCCUGACGUGAACAAGGGGCUGUUACAGGAGGUGUAAAUUCAGAAAGAAAGUUUAUCAGAGUUUCUUCCUAAACCUGUCUUAGAAAUAACAGCAUAUUUUAAUCAGAGAUUUCCCCUGGGCCACAGGCCACCAUGGAUGUGCACCUCAAUACCCUUGAGGGUCAGGAGAGCGCAAGCAACAGCAGCAAGGGAAGCAGAAGCACAGGAGACCAGAAAGAUGUUGCUAUGAGGACAGAUUCACCGGAAAUGACUGAUGUGGAGCCUAUGGUCAACAAUUUUGCAUCUUCAGCAAGGACAGGCCGCCGGAAUGCUGUACCAGACAUCCAGGGCUCAGCUGCGACAGGCGGAACCUCAGAGUUGCCCCACAGACUGGAGGCUCUCUCCAUGAAGGAAGAUGUGAAAAAGAAAGGUGAAGAAACAACACAAGAUCAACUGAAAAAGCCCAACAAUGAAGCAAAAUGAAGGCUCACAACUUAAAAAAAGUGCUGAAUUUCUUCACGUUGGAAGACGUAGUGGCUCUGCUCUCCAGAGACGUUUGAUCUGGUAGUAACUGUGCUAACAUUGCAGCCCUCAGCAACAUGUGUGUGCUACAUCAUUUUGUUGUGAUGCUAUUCACUUGGAUUGCAACCAUGAUGUGCAACGUAGGUUAUUAAAAGGCACAUCACUUCCAAAGUGCACCCAAAGAAAAGGUUGAAAAUGUAUAGUCGCUUAAAUACACAUUGUCUAUAAACCCAACAAAAUCCACUGUUCUUUUUGGAUUAAUUUAGCCAGAUGUAUUUUCAAUUCCAUUUUUAUGGUAACAAGUAAACCAUCUCUUGGUAGAUAUAAACCAAGCACAAUUAAUUUAAAACUUGAUGGAAUAUGUGGGAAAUUAUGUUUUUUAGGGAGAAGGAAUAAUAGAAUAGUCACAAAUUCAUGGAUAGAGGGUGUAGCUGUGUGAUCUUGGGCAAUUACAUCAUGUCUCUAAUUCUCAGUUUUUAAUUAGAAGUGCAUCAGUUUUUCCCCCAACCCUAGAAAGAUUUGGGAAAAUAGUAAAAGUUUGACAACCUAAACAUCUCUGGGAUGUUUUUGUCUGCUAUAUUUUGCCUCUAGUCUAUGCAUACUGUGAUUUUUUCAUGCGGACUCUUCAAAUGCAAAAUUUGCAACAAAUUGUUUAUAUAGACAUGCCUAUCAAAUGAAUUUCACUAUCUUCCUUAACUUUGAUGUGUGUAAGUGUCUGUAUACGUUUUUCUUUAAUGUGAAUUAUACAAAACACCUUACUAGUUGCUUUACACUAUCUGUUCUUAUUCUUAGGGCUUUUGUGUAUAAAUAUCUUGUCCCUAAAAUAAUUUCCUCAGGAAUGCAGACCUUAAUUUUUAUAUCUUUCCUAAAGAGGUAAAUAGGAGAAUAGGCACCUAAAUAUUUAGUGAAUGAUAUAAGUAGGAAUAGCAAAAUACUAGCUUUUAAUAUAUAUUGAAGUAUGUAUUUUAAAAGGAACAAAACCAAAACCAAAGCUUUAGUAAAUUUUGAUUUAUUAGACAUUUUAAGAAAAUAAUAGAAUUCUGAAUUUAAAAAAAUUUGACUAAUGAGUCUGUUUUCAUUUUCAGAUAUAUAUGCAUGCAAUUAUAUUUUCUUUGAUGUGACUUAGGCUAUGUCUGUAUACAGUAAUCAAAUAAACUCUUCACUGUUUAAGAAA